GUGAACAAUUUCCUGAUGACAGGCCCAAAGGCUUACCUUAUCUACUCUAGCAGUGUGGCAGCUGGUGCCCAGAGUGGUAUUGAAGAAUGCAAAUACCAGUUUGCCUGGGACCGCUGGAACUGUCCUGAGAGAGCUUUGCAGCUGUCCAGCCAUGGUGGACUCCGCAGCGCGAAUCGGGAGACAGCAUUUGUGCAUGCCAUCAGUUCUGCUGGAGUCAUGUACACCCUAACAAGAAACUGCAGCCUUGGAGAUUUUGACAACUGUGGCUGUGAUGACUCUCGGAAUGGGCAACUGGGAGGCCAAGGCUGGCUUUGGGGGGGCUGCAGUGACAACGUGGGCUUUGGAGAGGCCAUUUCCAAGCAGUUUGUCGAUGCCCUGGAGACCGGACAGGAUGCCAGGGCAGCCAUGAAUCUGCACAACAAUGAAGCUGGCCGCAAGGCAGUGAAGGGCACCAUGAAACGCACGUGUAAAUGCCACGGUGUGUCCGGCAGCUGCACCACGCAGACGUGCUGGCUGCAGCUGCCCGAGUUCCGCGAGGUGGGCGCGCACCUGAAGGAGAAGUACCAUGCCGCCCUCAAGGUGGACCUGCUGCAGGGGGCGGGCAACAGCGCGGCGGGCCGCGGCGCUAUCGCUGACACCUUCCGCUCCAUCUCCACCCGCGAGCUGGUGCACCUGGAGGACUCCCCGGACUACUGCCUGGAGAACAAGACCCUGGGGCUCCUGGGCACCGAGGGCCGCGAGUGCCUGCGGCGCGGGCGAGCGCUGGGCCGCUGGGAGCGCCGCAGCUGCCGCCGGCUGUGUGGGGACUGCGGCCUGGCGGUGGAGGAGCGCCGCGCCGAGACGGUGUCCAGCUGCAACUGCAAGUUCCACUGGUGCUGCGCCGUGCGCUGCGAGCAGUGCCGCCGGCGGGUCACCAAGUACUUUUGCAGCCGCGCGGAGCGGCCGCGGGGAGGCGCUGUGCACAAGCCCGGGAGAAACCCCUAAGGGUCUCUCCUG